AAUUCAGACGAGCGGGGCCAUCCAUCUCAUUGCCUCGCGUGGGAUCUGUAUGAAAAGAUGUCAGAUGGAAGCGAGUGAGCCCCACCGCCGCCGUCGGUGAAGUCUGCUCUCGACGCCCUCUCAAGGUAAAAUUACUACCUCAUGUCCACCUUAGAUGACUCUGUGACCCCGCCGCUCUCACAAGGAGUUGGUUAUGGGAUUAUCUGUGGCGUCGGCGCGCUCUUCGCGCUCGGGAUGUGGUGGGUGUCACGAAUGUUGGGCAAGUUCCAGAACGAAGUGCAAGGCUCGGAGAUGUUCAUGACGGCUAAGCGGUCUAUAAACACUGGCCUGAUCGCCUCCGCUGUAGUCUCAGGUUGGACGAUCGCCGCUACCUUGUUGACUUCUACCGCGUGGACGUAUGAGUUCGGCGUGUCCGGCGCGUACUUUUAUGGCGCAGGUGCUAGUAUUCAGAUCUUCGUCUUCGCCGUCUCCGCCAUUGAGCUCAAACGGCGGGCACCCGGAGCCCACACUUUCAUGGAAGUAUCGAAGCUACGCUAUGGCACCACCGGACACUGGAUCCAGAUCAUCUACUCGACGAUGUACCAGGUCAUCAACUGCGUCAACAUCCUCGUCGGCGGCUCCGAAGUCUUCGAGGCGUUGACGGGCAUGAGCCCUAUCGCCGGUUGCUUCCUCCUGCCAGUGGGCGUGGUCAUCUAUACCCUGACUGGUGGCAUAAAGGCCACUAUUCUUACCGACUACACCCACACCAUCAUCAUCUACGCUCUAGUCUUGACGGGCCUCUUCGUGGUCUACAGCUCGUCUUCGCUCAUCGGUUCUGCGGAUGCUAUGUAUGAGCUGCUGAAGGAGGCGGCUGUAAGGUCGCCUGUCCCGAAUAACGCAGGCGGGGAGUACCUCACGAUGAGCUCUCAGAGCGGCAUCCUCCUCGGUGUUGUGUUCUGGUGCGCCGUAUUUGGUACGACGGUUGACGUGCAGUUGUACCAGAAGGCCAUUGCUGCGAACCCUGCGUCUACCCUUCCCGGUUACCUCAUCGGCGCGUUGGCUUGGUUCUGUAUCCCGUUCUGUCUGGCAACGACGUUCGGCCUUGCAUGUCGCGCCCUCGAGAACACGCCUGGCUUCCCGACGUACCCAAGACCAAUGACAGCCACCGAGAUCUCCUCCGGACUGUCCCUCCCCUACGCAGCGAUCGCGCUCAUGGGCAAAGGCGGUGGUGCCUUCGUCCUGCUCAUGACCUUCAUGGCGUGCACAUCCGGCUUCUCCGCCGACCUCGUCGCGGUCUCUUCCGUAUUCGUCUACGACAUAUACGGCACGUACAUCAACCCGAACGCCACGGGCGGACGCCUCGUCAAGCUCUCGCACCUCGCAUGCAUAGUCUGGACGCUGUGCAUGUCCGUCAUCGCAACAGGCAUCACGCAGACAACUAUCGGCGUGAACUACCUGGUGACCUGCAUGGGCGUCUUCACCUGCUCGUGCGUCUUCCCGAUGUACAGCACCGUGCUCUGGAAAGCGCAGAACAAGGCGGCCAUUGCAAUCGCGCCCCCGCUCGGGAGCAUCACCGCGAUUGCGUCGUGGCUAGGAUCCGCCUACGCGCUCGAGGGCUCGGUGACUGUCGCGACGACGUCACAGACACUCCCUCUAGUCAUCGGCAACUCUGUCUCACUCAUAUCCGGAGCACUAUACUCGAUCAUCUUGACGUAUGCUGUCGGGUCGCAGAACUUCGAUUGGGAGAUCCUCAAGGCUGGUGUCCGGGUUAUCGACGACAGCGACGUCGCCGGAGUCACCGAGGAGCAGCUUAAGCAACAGCUCGCGGUCGAGCACCUCUCGCCACAGGACGAGCGGGCGUUAUACCGGGGCAAGAUCAUCGGCAGUUUGAUGGCCAUAGGUCUCUGCCUGGUCUUCAUCGUCCUCAUUCCUCUCCCGAUGUACUUCACGUACUACGUCUUCUCGCAACACUUCUUCCGAGCCUGGGUCGCGAUCACCUUUAUCAUCGCGUGGAUCGCCACCCUGGUCAUCCUCAUCAUGCCCCUCUAUCAGGGGCGACACUCCCUCAAGCUAUUCCUGCACUACAUCAGUGGCUCGCGCAUUGAUGCGUUGGCACCGAAGGCGGUGCCAGAAGACUUGUCUCGAGAUCCCAGCCUGGAUUCGGAAGCAAAUGAGAAGAGGGGCGGCACGUUUACGGAGAAGAGGUCGGGGACUGUAGAAGUGCAACCUGCGGAAGGUAAAGACUAGCUGUAGAACUAGCGUCCCUGUACACAUAGAACGAGACUUAACUGAGGAAACCCGGAAACCUUUGCCAUGGAGAAAUGAUGAG